UCACUGAAUAGGCCGCCACCCGCACCACAGACCGCACAAGUCUUCUCCGCUUUCUUCCCAUCCCCGACUCACCACCGCCAGCCGCCUGCGUUGUGACUUGUGACCAACCACGACGACGGCCCCGCCGCCGCACAAGGCCGAUUCUCCUUAUUAGCACCGCUCCAACCUGGAAACACUUUCUCAACACAACACUUUUUAGACACCCGAUACUGACUUGAACUAGAAAGCACGAUAGAAGAACAGAAGAUGGAACACCAGGGCCUGAACCUUAUGGAUCAAGCAUUGGGAUUUCACAGCAACGUGACGCAGCAGCCAUGGCCUCUGUGCGGUCGCUUCGUGCUUGUGGAGGAUUGUGUUGACACCAGUGGUGCGUUCGUUCUUCACCACAUUCUCAAGCACUCGUUCACUUCUCGCCCUUCUUCUGCCGUUAUCUUCCUCGCUUUUGCUCAUCCUAUUAACCACUACGACCGUGUUCUCAGGAAGCUUGGUUGCAACUUAUCUUCUCAAAGAGAUAACGGGAGAUUCUUUUUCCUUGACAUGCUUAUGUUGCAGUGUCCAGUUGAAGGAAAACCAAAGCACGAUGGACUUGCUACUGUCUUUGAGAAAAUUGAAAGAGCGAUCAGUGAAUUACAUCCAGAAAACAAGAAAUUUGUCACUGUUGUCAUAGAUGACAUCUCGUGCCUUGAAGUUGCUGCUAAUGGCUCAUCAAAUGAUGUUUUAGACUUCCUGCAUUACUGCUAUACGCUAACAUCAGAAAAUGGCUAUGCACUUGUUGCACUCAAUCAUCAAGAUAUUUAUUCAGAUGGAGAGAGGCCUGCCUUUAUGUUAGAGAUAGAGUACCUUGCUGACAUCUUGGUCAAGGUUGAUCCAUUAGCUACUGGUUUAGCAAAAGAUGUGCAUGGACAGGUGAUGGUUUUAAAUAAGGAAACACAAAAGCAGCAAGGAAUUUCAUCCAUUAAGGUUCAAAAUUUUCAUUUCAAGAUCAAGGAAAAUAACAUUGAGUACUUCUACGCUGGCACAAGAACCUAGAUCUGAAGAAUAUGCUUGUACAGAGUUGUUUAAUCUUGAAUGAGACAGUGAUUUGUGCAUCUAUUGUGUUAGACACUUGCUAGUUUUGGAAGAAGCUAUUCUUACUUUCAAUGAGGAUCUUCUUUAUUUUGACACAAAAAUGGUUGGGUUUUCUUUUUUAUUUUUGGACAAACGACUGGGGUAACCACCAAAUAAGGUAACUGAUCUCGUGUUGACUGUAGGCACUUCAAUAGUUGGGAUAGUAGCCCAAUUUUUUGAAGGUUUUAUGUUUUAGGAGUGGAUGGAACACUCGAGAUUUGGCUAAGAGAUGACAAAUUCAAAAUAUUGAAUUAUUAGAUCGAUUAUGUUUAGGCACGAAAGACCAUAUUGAAUUUGGUGUUCUUUGCCUCUUGCAUUUAUCAUAAGGUGAAUACUUCCAUAAGGGGUGUUGAUUGUAGGAAGCUGAGGUGAAUCCAUGAGUUCUUGGUUGAAUGUAAUAUGUUUACUGUAUUAGUUCAUCUAAAAUUUUUAUUAUUAUUUAUAUUAAUUUAUAAAAAAAAUGGAUUAAUGGGCA